UCCCUUCCUCUGUAGCUAGCAACCGUAGCUUCGUGAACACACACUCUGGAGGCAUGGCAGCUGCCGCUACCCCGUUUGUCUCUGAACAGUCACCGACAACGACCCAACAACCAAUGCUCGACAUAUCCAAGCCCCCCGUUAUAGAAGGAUUUACACCUCUAUCGCGACCCAGAGAAGAGACGUUCCAGGAGAAGUUUAUGAGGAAGUCGAAGGAGAACCCGUUCGUCCCUAUAGGUUGUCUCGGUACAGCUGGAGCGUUGAUGUACGGUCUCCGAGCCUUCAAACAAGGCAAGACCCGGCAGUCCCAGCUCCUGAUGAGAGGACGUAUCUUCGCACAAGGCUUCACUGUAGUCGCUGUUAUCUUCGGCGUGUUCACCACAGCUCUGAGGAAAGACUGAGCAGCGUCAGGGCUGUGUUCAUUUACUGCAAAACUUUUUGCAAUGGGAAAAAAAAUAAAACAAGGGGUUUCUUUAUUAGACGAGUUCAGGUAGUCCCACCUUGUGGUGGUGAAUGAAAUGUGUUGUUUGAAUGUGUAGAAAGACUAAUGGAAAAACAGAUAUUUAAAAGGCUGUCCUUUUUUCUGGACUUCCUUAACUGUGCUUUGGGUUGGUCAAAUGAAAUGUAGACCCUGUCCUGGAGAUGGCAAAGCAAGCAGGGCACUGACUGCCUUGAGUUUAAAACAUCAUUGUGUAACAAUAUAAAUGACGUGCAAUGCAGCCAAGCACAUAUGUAGAAAAAUAUCUCUCUGGGUUGGAGUAAAUGGGCCAGCCGACCCACUUAUCUGUCAGUGAGAUCCACCUCUGUAUAAUACAGAGAAUUAUUCCAAGACUCUGACCACCUUUUUUUUUAGCACUAUAUUGUUGGUCCCCCCACUUUGGCUGUACUAGCAAUGUAUCCUCACACCUGUCCCUUUUUAUAAAGAUAUAUAAGUGAAUUGUUUCUGUGCUAUAAUACUUGAGAGAAAGAUGGCGCAUCUGGCUCUUAGGACCAAUAUAAGGGAUGUUAUAGGGACUGGUGAAGAUGACCUGGCAGUAUGGGGGCUCUUGUAAGGGAGGCAGAGGAACAGCUCGGGUCUUUUUUAGCGUUAGUCCAGCAGUUCUCAACCUGUUUUGGUCACUGUACCACCAAGAACAUUUCUCUGCCCAGAGUACCCCUUCAUGGGCUUAUUGUUAAAAUACUCAUGUUCUCCCCAAGUACCCGCUGUGUAUCGUACACAGUCUUAUUUAAUGCUCACACAAACCCUUUGCUUGAUAAAAGAAAAUGGACAAUACCAAAACAGACAGAUUUGAGAUCAUUUUUAUUGAAGAGUUUCAGUUCCUGUGUAACAUUCUCCUCUGUGAUAAUGUCCCAAUAGACAACAGUUGAUCACAGAUUUGAGGCAACGCAGUUUAAAUGAAGGGGAAAGUGUUUGAAAAUAUGACUCAACGGACUAGCGUUCAACCAACUGUUUAAAACAUGUCAUUCUAGAUUUCUUGUUUCAUUUGUCCAUGAUAUGAGGACUCUUUAAAACAGCGUGGCUGUAGAUGGGACUUUUCUUCCCAGGGUUAAAAGGUUCUGCACACGUGGGGGAUUCUCUACUUCCAGUCUCUGCAGGCUACUCUGAUGAAUGGUUAUCAGUUAAAGCUGAAUCAAAGUUUGGAAGAUCACAUGAUAUUAUACAGAACAGAAACCAAUAUAAUAGUAUGUUACUUUAAGGCAAAAAAAACACCUGAUUUCCAUUGUUUGAAUGGUUGCAUCUCUCUCUCAUGCAGCCAUAACUCGUGUGCUACUAGACAAAGUGCUUUGAUUGAAAUAAAACGUUUUAUUAACA